AUGAGGUGCUAUAACAAAUACACUUUCUCCAUUCUUAUCUCUCUUCUACUCAUGCCCAUCCUUGAUUCGAAUGCCCACACUCUCCCGAGCUCGUGUCAAACCGAAUGUGGAAAUAUAAGUAUUCCUUACCCCUUUGGAAUUCAAGAAGGUUGCUAUCUUAACGAAUGGUACAGAAUCAAAUGCAGAAACUCUACUUUUCCGUUCCUUAUCAAGAUUGGCAUGGAAGUUGUGAAUAUCCCUUUGCCAAAUGAAGAAUCUGAGUCUCUUGACUCUCUGCCAUUCGGGACAAUUCGUGUCAAAAUCCCGAUAGCAUCGGUUGGAUGUUCCAGAGAUGGAAAAGAGUCUGGAUCGGCUUUGAACUUGACGGGCAGCCCCUUUUACUUUGGGAGAGGAAAUAGCCUCGUAGCGGCUGGUUGCAACAGCAAGUCGUCGUUGACUAACAUCGAGCCGAGCAUGGUGGGAUGCGUGCUGAAUUGCACUGCAAGCAAAGAUACUUUACCUAGAAAAACCGUCCCAUUUUUUGGCAGAACCGGGUGUCCUAACGAUGGCUUGACCUAUACUGAGUCUCUAGACUGUACAAAUAACGAAAGGGAAGGUCAAAGAAGAUGUGAUGGUAACGGAUGCUGCAUAUGUUCUUCAAUUUCUAACAUUUACCAGGUGGUCGGUAUCAGAAUAGAGAGUUUUGGUAAUGGAAACUCAACAAGCGGAGGAGAAUGCAGAGUCGCUUUCUUAACAGAUGAAGACUACACGUUCUGGAAUGUAACCAAACCACAAAGAUUUUUCGCUCAAGGGUAUACUAAAGUUACGCUAGGAUGGGUCAUUCAGACGAAAAAUCUUUCCGUCUUGAAUUCGUUAAGCUGCAAAAACACAAAAGAGUUCGAUAAUCUUAGAAUUGAUGCUCAACGCACAACAAGUUGCAUAUGCGAAAAUAUCACCAUUUCUGGGACUAGUUAUGCAAGAUGUAUGUGCAUCCCAGGUUAUAUAGGCAACCCAUACCUCUUGAACGAAUGCAAAGAUAUUAACGAGUGUCUGCCAGCUGAUUCUGUUGUAAGUCGCGGGUUCUGUAGCGAAGGCGACACUUGCGUGAAUGUGGUUGGACAUUACAAAUGCGUGCGCGAUAAGACUAUACCAAUAUUGAUAGGAGUAGGUGCAGGUUUUGGCAGUUUAGUCGUAGUUGGUGGUAUCUGGCUGCUGAUCAAGUAUCUUAAAAAGAGAAGAGUGACUCGGAGGAAAAAAAAGUUCUUCAAACGUAACGGGGGACUAUUGUUGCAGCAACAAUUAAAUACAGAUAGAGGCAACGUCGAGAAGACACGAAUAUUCACCUCAAGAGAGCUUGAAAAAGCCACAGAAAACUUUUGCCAAAACAGGAUACUUGGACAAGGUGGUCAAGGCACUGUAUACAAGGGAAUGCUGGUGGAUGGUAAGACCGUUGCUGUCAAGAAAUCAAAAGUUGUGGAUGAAGACAAACUAGAGGAGUUCAUCAACGAAGUUGUCAUUCUCUCACAGAUCAACCAUAGACAUGUUGUCAAGCUCUUGGGAUGUUGUCUUGAAACAGAAGUUCCUGUUCUGGUUUACGAGUUUAUCUCUAAUGGUAACCUUUUCCAGCAAAUCCAUGAAGAAUCUGAUGAUUACACAAUGAUAUGGGGUGUGCGUCUACGCAUUGCUGUGGAUAUAUCAGGAGCUCUUUCGUACUUACACUCUGCUGCUUGUUCUCCUGUUUAUCACAGAGAUGUCAAGUCAACAAACAUACUACUAGACGAGAAGUAUCGAGCCAAAGUGUCUGAUUUUGGUACUUCAAGAUCAGUAACCGUAGAUCAUACUCACUGGACAACCGUCAUUUCGGGCACAGUCGGAUACGUGGAUCCAGAGUACUACGGUUCCAGCCAGUAUACUGAUAAGAGUGAUGUUUAUAGCUUUGGAGUCAUCUUAGUUGAGUUAAUCACAGGAGAGAAGCCUGUAAUAGCCCUUCCGGAUUCUCAAGAAAUAAGAGGUUUAGCUGAUCAUUUUAGAGCGGCCAUGAAAGAGAACAAGUUCUUUGAUAUUUUGGACGCUCGAAUAAGAGAUGCAUGCAAACCAGAACAAGUAAUGGCAGUGGCAAACCUAGCAAGGAGAUGUUUAAAUUCCAAGGGAAAGAAGCGUCCAUAUAUGACAGAAGUGUUUGCCGAGUUAGAGAGGAUACUUUCAUCUCCAGAGGAUUCUCUGGUAAGGAUUGAAAAUGACGACGGUGAUGAUGCAGGGGAAGAAGGAAGGAAUACGAUAGGGAUAACUGAUUCAUGGACCGCUGGUGUUACCGCUCCAGCCUUCAGUACUGUCACUUCGCCUUCCUCCGCAGAUGUUCAACCAUUGUUUCCUCGUGCCACAUGGUAA